AUGUCAGAGAGCCAGAUCCACUUCUUCUCACUUUUGUUUUUCACUCUCAACCUCUACGGACAAAUGUCCGCAGUGGAAGUUGAUUCUAGUACUACUUUGAUUGAUUACGUUAAUGAAUCAAAUGACAUGUUGCCGCCGCCAUCGCCAACUGUUGAGACCCACGAGGAAGAAAUUGAUGGCGUUGUGACCCCUUUACCUGGUGAAGUCAGAAUAUCGAAAGCUAAUUUGAGAAGUCCUGUGUGGCUAAAUUUUGAUAAGGUAAAAGUUAAUGGAGUGGAGAAGGUUGUUUGUAUCUAUUGUAAUAAAAGACUUGCAGGGGCAUCUAAGAAUGGAACUUCCCAUUUGGGUGGUCACUAUAAGGUUUGCCCUAGAAGGAAAGUGGCUGAUUUGAGGCAAAAGGUUUUGGCCUCAAACUUCAUGAAGGGAGAGGGGAAAUAG